AUGGGCGCGCCAGAGGGCAAUGAGAAGCCAGCGACAGUGAGCGAGCAGGAGGAGAUCCUCCGGGAAGCGCUCGAGAAGCCCGCCCGCGCGACCGAGGUUGUCAUCGAGGGGAACCGGCGCACGCAGGAGGCCGUGAUUCUGCGCGAGCUGCGCGGGCUGACGGAGGCGCCGCCGACGACGAAGCUGGCCGACCUCUUCGUCCAGGCCAGUCUCGCCUCUGCGCGCCUGCACGACCUCGGGAUCUUCGAAUGGGCGACAGUUGAGCUCGACGAUGCCUCGACGGCCGCGACCCCCGCCGGCGCACCGCACCCGACCGCAGUGCGUGUGGAGCUCCACGAGCGCCCCCUGUUCCACGGACGCAUCCAGACGAGCUACGCCGCGGCUGCCCGGGAGACCACGGUGGAGGCCACCACGCACUUCAUCAACCCUCUGGGGCGCGCGGAGAAGAUCGAGGUGGGGCUGGAGGGCGGGCUGCGGCGCCUCGCGGUGGCCGGGGACGGGUUGCCGUACUGUGCGCACGCCGCGUACACCGACCCGCGGUUCCUGGGGAGCAACUGGCAGUACCGGUUGGAGGCGCGGCGGGCCGUGACCGACUGGACGCAGUCGUCGUCGUUCCGCCACAUCUCCACGGGGCUCUCCACGGAGUUCAAGGCGCCCAUGGGCGUCACCCUCGCGUACGAGAUCGCCAUCCAGACGCUCACGGACCCCACCAGGCGCGCGUCCAAGGCGGUGAGGACGCAGAUGGGCGACGCGCUGAAGAGCGCUGUGUCGGCCAAGUGGGCGGGGGCGUGGGCGUCGCACGGCAUCGCGUGGCGGACGUCGCUCCGUGCCGAGCUGGCCGGCCUCGCGCCGCCGAUGGCGGGGCUGAGCCGCUACGUUCGGAAGGAGGCGGCGGUGGAGGCGUCCACGGGCCUCAAGUGCUUCAUCCCUGGGGCGCGGCUGCACGUGACGGCACGGGGCGGCGUGCUGGUGCCGUGGGGGUCGAGCGUCGGGCGGCCGACGCCGCUGGCGGAGCGGUUCCACCUCGGCGGCGUCGGGUCCCUGCGCGGCUUCAACGCGCGCGGGGUCGGGCCGAUGGAGCCGCGGCGGCAGCCGGCGGAAGACGCGGCUGGCGAGGGGCAGCAGGCCGCGGCACCGGAGGCGACGUUCGACUCGGUCGGCGGGGACGUGAUGUGGUCGCUCGGUGCGGCACUGCGGGCGCCCGUGCCGCACGUCCGCGCGGACAUUCCCCUGCAGUGGCAGGUGUUCGCGGACGUCGGCAGCAACGUCGCGCUGCCCGCUGGCGACGACGUGGGCACGCUGCGGGCGCUGAAGGAGAGCUGGGCGGCGGCGCGCGCGACGCCGCGGUCGUCGGUCGGCGCGGGCCUGGUGCUGCCGUUCCCCGGGGCCGGUCACCUGGAGCUCAACAUGAGCAAGGUGGUGGGGUCUAUGGAGCGGGACCGCUUCAAGCAGGGGUGGCGGUUCCAGUUCGGACUGACCGUGUCGGUCUGA